AUGCCGCUGACAGCAGAGCAACUGGCGGAGUGGUCGCAUUCGCACCAGCCCGCCAUCGUGGGCGUGUGCGUGACGCUGCUGGUGCUGGGCAACCUGUCGGUGCUGCUGCGCAUCUGGGCCCAAUGCCGGCUGCACAAGCGACCGCUGCUGGAGGACCACUGUCUGGUCGCUGCUCUGAUCUUCGCAAACGUCGUCACCGUCGCGACGCUGGUCGGCGAGCAUUAUGGCCUCGGCCUGCACAUAUGGCGGGUCAAGGCCGAGGACCCGUCGAUGCAGAACAUCAAGAACAUCUUCGUGACUUUCUGGUUGACAGCCGUCUUCAACGGUCCCUGCCUGCUCGCCGUCAAGCUGGCGCUUCUGUUCUUCUACCGCCGCCUCUUCCUCACCUACCAGCGCUGGCUCACAGUCGUGUGGUGGAUCAACCUCGUCUACGCCGUCCUGUGGGCGAUUGGCUCGACUCUGUUCUACAUCUUCCAAUGCCUGCCGCCCCAGACCUACUGGGAGCGGUUUGACCCCAAAUCCCACAUCAAAGGCGAAUGUUCGUCCUCGGUCAGGGUCGUCGCCAUCCCGUUGAUCUUCAGCGUCAUCUCCGACUUCGCCGUCCUGCUGCUGCCGCUGGCGACGGUCUCCAAUCUGCAACUGCCCCUGUCGAAACGGCUUGGUUUGGUCGCGUUAUUUGGCGUGGGUUUAGUUGCCUGCUGCUGCGGUCUCACCCGAAUUAUCGUCCUAGAAGUCGACACCGACGCCAGCGAGGACCCCACGUAUGGCACAGUGCCAUUCGACAUUCUGAACGUGGCCGAACUGAACCUGGCCAUCGUGUGCGCGUCAGUCGUGCCGGUCUUUUCGCUGGUCCGGGUUUCAAUUGGGUCGAAGCAGGGGACGGACGCGUCGCAGACAUAUGCGAUGAAGUCUUCGUCGGUGAGGAUGCCGCCACGGCCGUACACGUUGAGCAACCUGAGUGAAGAGUACCUGUAUCACAGCCAUGUGACGAGCACGCAACGACCAGAGUACGAAUUCCGAAGGGACUUUGGAAAGAAUUAUAACAACAACAAUCAUAUCCAUGUGAGGACUGAUGUGGAUGUGUCUGGAUGA